CGAGGUCUGAGUUAGUUUGAUAAGAAAUGAACGAACGUUGUGUGGUUUUUGGGCGAAAUUUCUACAGCGGAAUGUAAGUCGUACGUUCGGCCGUAUAACUUCACCGGAAAUUAAAGUGAAACGUGUUUAUUGAAAAUUUGACAUUCUAUAUAUUGAGUUGAAGAUAAAUGUGAAAGCAAAUUUUACCCUCUCAAUCAACAUUCAACAAGAUAUUUCUUGUAAAAAUUUUGGGAUACCCUGUUAUAAAGGUUACGGGAUCUGGCUGGUAACUGAAAAGGGGAAGUGUAGGGGUGGCAGGCCUCUAUAGAUGCUGAUUGGACUGUUCGACUGAACGUAGCAGGAGAAUGCGGUCCCUCGAGCUGUCAACCCCCUGGCAAGAAGAGGAGGAUGUCGAAGUCGAAGACCUGGAUUUAGGCAAGCACGCGAUGAACGGCAGAGACGACUUGACGGAGUCGAGCAGCGACGAAGCGACGGGAAGAAAGCGAAGAAAGCACGGAGUGUUUGGGUGUGCAGGGAGCGCAUCAAGUGGUAGUGCGUCCAGCGGGACGACGACGAGGAGGAGGAAGUCGUGCAUCAGCGCGCGGGAGAGAAACUUAAGAAGACUGGAGAGCAAUGAGAGGGAAAGAAUGAGGAUGCACUCGCUCAACGAUGCGUUUGAGCAACUUAGAGAAGUAAUCCCACACAUAAAAAUGGAACGAAAACUGUCCAAAAUCGAAACCCUAACCCUAGCCAAAAACUACAUAAUGGCCCUCACAAACGUCAUCUGCGAGAUGCGAGGGGAAGAAAAACACUACACAUUCCAAGACGUCGAAGAAGACAGUACAGUAGAAUUAGAAACAACCGAAGAAAGCACACGAGAGCAAAACAACAACUCCAUGUUCCAGCAAAAUCUCGAAAAUCACCAGGAGAACGCGCUGGUGAACUCCCGCUGAAGUCUGGACGUCCAUAAAACCGCCAUGCAUUCCGUAUUUAAAGUUUAAGUGAUUAGAUUUAAGGCAUAAAACUGAAAACAGCAUCAAUGAAGCGAGGCCGCAGCAAUUUGCUGAUUGCGAUCGAUCACACGCUCAAAUAACGAUUUCAAACGGAUCAGAUUCCCGCCGAAAUGCGCGGAAGGCUCGCCCUGGUCGGUUGCGCAUUGCUGCCGUUGGCGCGCAAAUUUAAAUGUACUAUUUAUGAUAUGAAUUUAAACAUAAAGAGCUCUAUUCUGUGCAAUUAUUCAACUUGAAUGACUUUAUGAAUGUGCAUAUCUGUUACUAGAUUAGGCCUACGAUGGGUGGUUGUAAUUUCUUGAUAAAGCAAAUGUGAUUUUAUGUGCUUCCGUGUUGUGUCGUGAAUGAUAGAUGUAUAGAUAGUGUAUAUAAAAUAAUUUCUAUAUACAGACGUUACUAGCUACGUAAGGAAGAUGCGCUACAUAAAAGACACUUAAGCGGUGCAGGCGCUGCACCGCUCACUUAUUUUUAAAAGUAUAUAGGAUGUGUUAAAUUAUUUUAUAUAAAUGACAUAACUACCUUUGACUUAUAUCUUGAAGUAUGUACCUUAGAUAUGUAAGAUAAGUGUCAUUGUGAUUCCUCCAACUCCAUCCAUGCGAAGUAUGGAAGCUGAGUUGUGGAUUUAGAACUUCCAUAUCGGGACUCGAAAUGACACGAACAAAGUUACCUAGAACGAGGUCGAACCUCAAAAUACUCUAAAGUUAUGCUCAAGAAUGAAUUGAACAUGUGCAAAUUGUUCACAGACUGUCAUCCAUAGCUUAGAUUUGACCUUCCUCUCGAAGUGGACAGUUUGUACGGUCUGAAUGGAAAGAGUAUGAAGUUCCAAACGCAAAUGUGAUAUUGUAGAAACUUGCACAAGUUUUAGUUAGAAGUUAAUUAAAUAUACUAUAUAUUUUAUGACAUGUAUUAAGUGUAUUCUUGUAAAAAUAUUACAAAUCAUGAGAAUCACAUUCAAAAUAUGUAUAAAUAUCAAAUAAAAAUGUCAGGAAUCUUGCACUUGAA